AUGAACGUGGUGUUCUCCCUCUUGUUACUAGCAACUUUCGGUUGUGCCAGUUUGCUAGAUGAGAUACCAGGUUGUGCGGCCACUUGCUUCAAGGACUCGCUCCCGCUUUCUGUUUGCUCGUUGCAGGACUUGAAGUGCCUUUGUGCAGAUACUACUUUCCAGGGUACUGUACAGAUCUGCCUUGGGAAUGGCACCUGCACACCAAAGGAAAUUCUCACAACCACGAAUGCAACAUAUGCGGCUUGCGGACUGCCAUCUCAUGACAUCGGUCCAGUUAUUGUCGGUAUCCCGGCUACCUUUGGUAGUCUCGCAAUAAUCUUCGUCCUUGUUCGAAUCUACGCUCGAGUAUUUAUCAACAAGUUCUUUGCUUGGGAUGACAGAUUUAUAGUCUUAGCAUUGGUAUUGGCUAGAACUGGCAUGGGCAAGGAUAUAUGGACAUUAUCCUUCGAAAACUUGACAAAAACGUUGAAGGAUUUAUACUUUGCCGAAGUAUUCUACAUGGUUUCGGAAAUGUUCACUCAGCUUUCCAUUCUCUUCUUCUAUCUCCGCGUGUUUGACUCAAUCUUAUUCCGUCAGUGUGCCAUUGGUAUCUCCAUAUUCGUGGUCUGCUUCGGAAUAGCCAAUACUUUUUCCAUGAUAUUCCAAUGUACACCGGUAUCGUUCUUCUGGGAUGGCUGGACUGGCCAAUAUGCGGGAAAGUGUAUCAACAUCAACACUUUCUCAUGGGUUCGUGCCGCGAUUGAAAUAUUCAUUGACAUAACCAUCAUUUCGCUGCCUAUCCGUCUAUUGCUGGGCCUCAAACUCAAUUGGCAUAAGAAACUACAGAUAUUGGCAAUGUUUUCUGUUGGAUUCCUGAUCACGCUCGUCAGCAUCUUACGGCUUGAGUCUCUUGUGCGGUUUUCCAAGUCCACCAACACAACUUAUGAUAAUGCUCCAGCAGUCUAUUGGUCCGUUUUAGAAUGCGAUAUUGCCAUUGUCUGUGCCUGUAUGCCAGCAUUGCGUAUCAUUCUUGGAGCUAUAUUUCCAAGAUACUUUGGGAGCAACUUCAAUUCAGUGACAGGGGAAUCACGUCGAACCCCUCGCAACGAGCAUCACUCUGCGCCCAAAUCGGACCCAGAAGCUGACCCUAUCACUAAGACGAUCGCUUCAUGGACUGUCGGUCCUGAAGACCGCAGCCGAACUCCGACGCCGGUUGAGAUGAACAAGAUUGAGUCAGAGGAGAACAAGCAUUGAGAAGGAUUGAAGCGUAAAACUUGCUCUAUAUUCAGUUGUCUAUGGUUCAGCAGGGAAAAAUUGUGUUCGAAUACGUAUA